AUGAUAAAGACGUGCCUAAAAGGCCCAAGUGCAACUGCAUUGAGACAGUGCACUAUUUACCAAAAAAGGUCGUUCCUUAAAAGUUCUAAGGGGCCAAAAGAACAGACAUUUCUGCUUACAAAGACUAUAAACGCACCUGUCACAAAUGUCUAUAGUGUUAUUUGCGAUAUCUCUGAAUAUCAUCGGUUUAUUCCCUACUGUAAUGAGUCUUUCGUGAACAAGAGAAAUCCUGUGACUGGGCUACCAACAGAAGCCGGAUUAAGAGUGGGGUUUCAACACUACGACGAAAAAUAUGUUUGUCAGAUUCAUUGCCAGCGCGACCCCUCGGACCAUUGCAUUGUCCAAGCUGACUCGCUAACGCAUAGCCUAUUCGAUGUUCUCCUAACUAAGUGGACAAUAUGCCCACACCCGUCAAAGGAUGGCGUCACCACAGCAGAACUGCUUCUGAAGUUCAAGUUCAAAUUUAGUCUUUACAACAACGUAGCAUCAAUUUUUGGAAAGAGCGUUACACAGCAUGUCAUGAAAUCGUUUGAGAGACGUAUUUUUAUGCUUAUGAAACAAGAAGCCAAGGCACGUUCUUCUAAGAAAUCGCAGCGUACCACAUAG